AUGUCAGAAUUGCAAAAAUAUGUUGAUCUAACAGUUGAAGUCAUCACAUCUGAUGGACGUGUUAUAGUGGGAACCUUCAAAGGAUUUGAUCAAACAACAAAUGUGAUUCUUUCCAGUUGUCAUGAGCGUGUAUUUUCUGAAACAGAAGGUGUAGAAACAUUACCACUUGGACUAUAUAUAAUACGAGGGGAUAAUAUGUGA